AUGGAGGAUAAUGUCCAAUCUGGAGAGAUAACAUGGGUGGAAGUGAAGGAAAAUGGGCAAAGAAGAGAUAAGGCAUGGGUCGGAGUGAAAGAGAAUGAUCGAGGGAGAAAACAUACAUGGGUCGGAGUAAAGGAGAAUGUACAAGCAGAUAGCAUGGGGAAUGAAUCUGAGGUCUUUCAAUUCAUCCUCAUUGGUUUCCCAGGUCUCCCGGAAAAGUUUUAUGCCAUAGUGGCUUCAGUAAUAAUCUGUGUCUACAGCCUAUCUCUGUGUGCAAAUAUCACGGUGAUAAUGAUAAUCCUCCUGAAGGCCCAUCUACACCAGCCCAUGUAUAUCAUUAUCCUAAACCUGGCUGUUUCUGACCUCAUUUUUGACACAUCGACCAUGCCGAAUAUUAUCGUCAGAUAUUUUUCUGGAGACGGGACUUUAUCUUUUACUGCCUGUUGUUUUCAGAUGGGGAUGGUCCAUUCCUUGAACUGUGUCGAUUCCUUAACCAUUAUGCUGAUGGCCUUUGAUCGGUAUGUUGCCAUCUGCAAGCCUCUUAGAUAUCACUCUAUAAUUACCAAUAAAGUGGCCAUGGCAUUGUGUUGCCUGGUCUGGCUUGCUGGUUCCUCUGUUGGAUUAUUUGUCAUGAGUUGGGUUCUUCCUCUUCCAUUUUGCGGACCAAACAGAAUCCGGUUGUUUUACUGCUCGAUGUCUCUUGUCGCUGUUCUGUCAUGUACGGAUACUUCGAUGAUCAGAAGGAAUGGAUUUUAUGCUGGCAUAAUCAUGCACGUAGGUCCUUUAACCUUCAUUUUAAUUUCAUACAUUGUCAUCAUUGCAAGUAUUUAUCUGACAUCCCGAUCAGAAAACUGGCAGAAGCUCUACAACACCUGCAUCGCGCACUGGUUUGUCAUCACCCUCUUCUACUUACCUCGGGUCAUCGAUUACGGCAUCCAGGCUCAGAUACUUUCCAACACCGAUGUCUUUGUGUUGCUUAAUUGCCUGUACACCUAUGUACCCCACUUCAGCAGCCCCAUCAUUUUUUGUCUUCGGACCCAAGAAAUAAGAAGGACCUUGAGAAAAAUUCUAGGUGAAAGACUGAGGUAGAGUCAUUGCUCUGUUGUGACUGUCCAUGUCAUCUAUUCCCAUUUACUGGCCUCCAACCAAAGACUCUUUCCAAACUGUCUAUACAAACACUAACA